AUGAACACCCUGAUGACUGGUUUGCUAUUCUCACUGCUACUAAUUCUGACUUUGAGGCUACAGGAGCUCGUGGAUGGAUGUACCUGUCUUCCAGUUCAUCCACAAAUUACAUUUUGUAAUUCUGAUAUAGUGAUACGAGCGUUAGUCACUCGUAAAUGGCCGAUUUCUUCCAGCGAAUCCAGUGUAAUCCAGUAUACAGUAAAACAAGAAAAGAUGUACAAAGGAUUUGAAAUGAAGAAAAUGGUGGACUAUAUUUACACAUCUUCCAGCUCUUCUCUAUGUGGUAUUGAGCUGGAAACCAAUAUCCAGUACCUCAUAACAGGCCAUUUCGAUAUUCAGGGGAUCGUUCAUAUUGGGCUCUGCAAUUGGAUUGUUCCAUGGGAUGACCUAACUUCAUUACAGAAAUGGCACCUGAAGUGGAACAAAUAUGAAACUGGCUGCUCCUGUCAAAUUGUCAGCUGUCCCAGUGUACCAUGCUCCUCUCCAACAAAGACCCAAUGUAUUUGGACUGACCUGGUAUAUGAGAAAACUCGAACUGGAUCACAGGCAAAGAACAGUGUCUGCUCAAAGGAGGAUGAUGGCUCCUGUCACUGGUCCGAUGAAGGAUCAGCCAGCAUGAAUGAAAAUAUCUACUAUGGUGAACCUUGA